AUGGCAUCGUCGUCCGAUUCUUCCGUCGACCUUGCCACUGUUGAUGCACUCGAGUUGCUGCCUGACAACUCCGCUGCUAAUUGGCACUCUUAUGCUCAUUCCGUCGAGGUGCUCCUCUCCUCUGUUGUGGUCAGCGGCUACAACCUUCGCUCGGUUGUCUUUCAGGAAGGCGGUGGACUUCAGCCCGCGGCCCCCACCGCUCCUACUGGACCUGCCCCUGCCCACCCUGGCGCCGAGCCCUCUCCCCCCGGUGAUCCUCCCGCCUUUGCGCCGAAUGUGAACGACCCGCAGAGCUCGGAAACCGCCAUUCGCACCUACCGCACCAAUCUCCAAGAGCACCUGCGCCUGCAACUGCGUUACGAGGAUGACAGGCGCAUCUAUGACGACGCCGCUGCCCGCUACAACAAGUACCAGGAGGACCUGGACACCUACACUGCAGAACUUGCAGACUACACCACGAAAAUUACUGCCUGGCGGGUUGCUGAUCGACGUGUCACGUGCGCUUGCCAUUCUUCUCGCCACCAUCCCCUCCUCCCUCAAACGCGAGCUCUCACCUACCUCCUCCUCCCACCUGUGGCGACUGCUGCUGCUUUCACUCGCCGUGUCUUAGACCUUUCUCGGCGCCUUGCAGCACUCGAUGUGGUGUACCCGGACACCGUCAUCUGCUGCCACCUCCUCGAGGGCCUCACACCUGCCUUCGACGCUCACAAGCUUGCUUACAUGCAGCUUAUCUCCAAGCACCACACCCCUGCCGAAGUCGCUCAGUGGAUUAUCACCACCGAAGCUGAGAUCCUUCGCCACUCUUCCUCCACAGCCGCAGCAGCCCAGUCGCGCAGCAACCGGGGUGGCCGUGGCGGGACAGCGCUGCGGCCAAACUACCCAUGCCACUGA